AAAGUCUCAAGGAUUUAUGAUGUCAUUGGUACCAUCCGAGGGGCUGUGGAGCCAGAUCGUUACAUCAUUUUGGGAGGACAUCGAGACUCCUGGGUGUUUGGUGGAAUAGAUCCAACUACUGGAGCCGCUGUACUGCAGGAAGUUGCAAGAAGCUUUGGCAAAAAAGUAAAAGAAGGUUGGCGGCCCAGAAGAACUAUAAUUUUUGCAAGCUGGGACGCAGAAGAGUUUGGACUUCUGGGAUCAACAGAGUGGGCAGAGGAAAACGCUAAAAUUCUGCAGGAGAGAGGAGUGGCUUAUAUAAAUUCAGACUCUUCCAUAGAAGGAAACUACACCUUAAGAGUGGAUUGCACCCCUCUGAUGUACCAGCUGGUCUAUGAGCUUACAAAGGAGAUAUCGAGUCCAGACGAGGGCUAUGAGGGCAGAUCCUUGUAUGAAAGCUGGCUCGACAAAGAUCCUUCCACACAGAAUGCUGAGCUACCAAGGAUAAACAAGCUUGGCUCCGGCAGUGACUUCGAGGCAUAUUUUCAGCGUCUAGGGUUGGCAUCUGCAAGAACACGAUACACAAAAAAUAGGAAAACAGACAAAUACAGCAAUUACCCGGUCUACCACACAGUAUAUGAGACAUUUGAGCUAGUGAAUCAGUUUUAUGAUCCAACAUUCAAGAAACAACUCGCGGUAGCCCAGAUGAGGGGAAGCCUGGUGUACAAGCUC